CGGCUAAACACCGUUUAAGUUAAACGCCUUUGAUACAACCGGCCCCUGAUUAUUACAGUGUAUGAGCAAUUACUGUAAAUCGGCAUUAGCUUGACUUCAUACCAUAUCUAAACCCUCCUCACGUUUGUUCCCAUUAAAAUAUUACUCUCGGAUAUUCUCAUGAGAAAAGUUGAUUUAUAAAGUGAGAAAAUUUGAUUUAUCUUCCCUUUGACAACGGUUGAUAUGUUAUUAUUGAAUAUUAAACAGACAUUUUUUAAAAUUUUAGCUUCAAAUAUGUCUGAUGUACCAUGGGAAAGCGAAGAGAAACGAAAUUACAUUUGUAUGCGACAUAUUAUCACUGAUGUUGUAAGUGAAGGAUUGAGGAAAGUUUUUAAAAACGAAUGGAACACUCGUUUCCAGGCAAGGUUCGGAGCAUGGGAUGACACCAGUGCAAGUGGUGUGCAGUUGUUUUCUCUCGAAAAUACACGCUCAAGACCAAACAAGAACGUGCACCAGGCAAAAUUUCAACAUGGAGAUACAAAUCAAUGGGAUUGUUCCGUGCUUUUUGACGCAAUUUUGUACUCCAACUCUGUUGGUAAAUCAAGUUUGAAUCCAAUAAUUAAGACUGCAGUUGACAAUAUUCGAAACAUGAGAAAUAAAAUUAUGCAUGCUGAUGAAACAAUCCUAUCUGAUACUGACUUCCAAACCAUGAUCAGUGAUGUUGAAAAUGCAUUUAAAGCCCUAGGUCUUCCAAUUCAUGAUAUCGCACAAAUUAAAAUUAAGAGAAACCUUUACAAAUCAUUUCAAGUUUUACCUUCAAAGCCAAUCCACCAAGUUGUUUACCGUUCUGAGGAAAUCAACGAAAUGAAACAGGAACUCGAGACAUUGCGCAUUAGUAGCGGAAGGAAACUUACAUAUCUCUAUAUUUCAGGAAAUCCCGGAAGUGGUAAAUCAGAGCUAUCCCGGCAGCUGACCGAGGAUUUGUUCAAAGGCGUAAAUUGGGAAACACAGGCAACAUUUGUAAUGACAUUGAAUGCAAAAGAUUUAUACACUAUUCUCCAAUCGUAUCAAGAUUUUUGUCGACGUCUAAAUUGUUCUGAGAGUGUACUGGUAAAUGUAAUGAAUUCAUGCAGACCAGAAUAUCAAAAAAUCAAAGAUCUAAGAUCACUGAUUGAAAGCAGAAUCAAGAACUGGAAGAGGUGGUGGAUUAUUGUAGACAAUGUGGAAAAUCUUAACAUCAUUUCACCCGGACUACCACAGAUGGGCAAUGAAGUUUGGAGUAAUGGUCAAAUUAUAUUAACAAUUCAGAAUAGAACUGCAGUCCCUUCCGACAGCCCGUUCACUAAACAUAUUUCAGUCAGUUGUGGUAUGAAAAUCCAAGAAUGUCGUCAGUUACUGUUCUUAUUAUCAGGGACUGAUGUUAAUGAACGAUUGUUAGAUAAAGUUGCUGAGAAAUUAGAUAACCAACCUUUGGCUAUAGCUGCUGCAGCUGUAUACUUCAAGAAAGUCAACGAGAAAAAAUGCUGUCCAAAGUUUUCGUGGCAAGAUUACCUAGAAAAGUUAAAAUGUAAAAGAAAAGUCACAGAAAAACAACUCCUCAAAACCAGUUCAGCUUAUCAAUCCACCAUGUCUGCAGCUGUGUUCCUAGCUGUUGAAAAAUCUGCAGAAAAUAGUUUGAUUUUACAUCACACAUUCGAUCUUUUUUCUCUGAUCUCUUUUGAACCAUUACCACUUGAUAUUAUCACCAAAUACAUCCAACACCUUGAUCAAAACUGUGAUAAAGAAGAAAUUUAUUUGGAAGUGAAAGAUUGUUCACUUUUUCUUCUUACUGAAAUUGAAGAUUGUGAAGUUCGUUUGCAUCGUGUUGUCCACGACGUAACCAAAUCAUUGAGUAAUUCCAAAGAAACAGAGACUAAGUUCGACUAUUCUCAGAGUGGCAUUGCUAACAAAACGGCGAAAAUUGCAAGUAGAGUUCAAAACGUUGCAAAAGCACUUUAUUGCUUCAAAGUCAGGGAUGAUCAAGUCAAGAUGAUCCCACAUUUGAAGGCAUUUCAUUCAGCAGUUACAAAACGUGUUCCCGAACAGACUUUAUUACAUUCAAAUACAUUAGCUUUUGAAAAGGGAGAAAUUUGCGAAAUAUAUUUGUUUUUUGGGAAAACAUUACGUCACUUCUGUGCGUUUAAAAGUGCUGUUGAAUUUCAUAACAUGAAUCUCCAGAUGUCCAGAGGAACCGAUACGAAAAAUUACGCGUAUUAUAUUCUUAACGAUCUUGGCAUAUUAUACCAAACAAUGGGCGAUUUCGACAAGGCCAAGGAUUAUCAUCAACAAGCACUGGCAAUAACAGAAAAGCAAAUAAGUCCAGACCAUCUUGAGUUUGCACGUUCUUAUAAUAACCUUGGUGUAGUGUAUCAUGCUAAAGGUGAACUCAACCAGGCUAAAGACUAUCAUGAACGAGCACUGGCAAUAAGAGAAAAGCAAUUAAGUCCAGACAAUGUUGAUGUUGCAAACUCUUAUAACAACCUGGGUGCAGUGUAUCACGCUAACGGUGAACUCGACCAGGCAAAAGACUAUCAUGAACGAGCACUGGCAAUAAGAGAGAAGCAAUUAAGUUCAGACCAUGUUGAUGUUGCACAUACUUAUAAUAACCUUGGUGGAGUGUAUCAUGAUAAAGGUGAACUCGACCAGGCUAAAGACUAUCAUGAACGAGCACUGGCAAUAAGAGAAAAGCAAUUAAGUUCAGACCAUGUUGAUGUUGCACAUACAUAUAAUAACCUUGGCGCAGUGUAUCAUGAUAAAGGUGAACUCGACCAGGCUAAAAACUAUCAUGAACGAGCACUGACAAUAAGAAAAAAGCAACUAAGUUCAGACCAUGUUGAUGUUGCAAACUCUUAUCACAACCUGGGUGCAGUGUAUCAUGAUAAAGGUGAACUCGGCCAGGCUAAAGCCUACCAUGAACGAGCACUGGCAAUAAGAGAAAAGCAAUUAAGUCCAGACCAUGUUGAUGUUGCACAUUCUUAUAAUAAUCUUGGCCAAGUGUAUCGUGCUAAAGGUGAACUCGACCAGGCAAAAGACUAUCAUGAACGAGCACUGGCAAUAACAGAAAAGCAAUUAAGUCCAGACCAUUUUGAUGUCGGAAACUCUUAUAACAACCUUGGUGCAGUGUAUCAUGAUAAAGGUCAACUCGACCAGGCUAAAGAUUAUCUUGAACGAGCACUGGUAAUAAGAGAAAAGCAAUUAAGUCCAGACCAUGUUGAUGUUGCACAUUCUUAUAAUAACCUUGGCGAAGUGUAUCGUGCUAAAGGUGAACUCGAACAGGCUAAAGACUAUCACGAACGGGCACUGGCAAUAAGAGAAAAGCAAUUAAGUCCAGACCAUGUUGAUGUUGGAAACUCUUAUAACAACCUUGGUGCAGUGUAUCAUGAUAAAGGUAAACUCGACCAGGCUAAAGACUAUCAUGAACGAGCACUGGCAAUAAGACAAAAGAAAUUAAGUCCAGACCAUGUUGAUGUUGCACGUUCUUAUAACAACAUUGGUGCCGUGUAUCAUGCUAAAGGUGAACUCGACCAGGCUAAAGACUAUCAUGAACGAGCAUUGGCAAUAAGAGAAAAGCAAUUAAGUCCAGACCAUGUUGAUGUUGGAAAUUCUUAUAACAACCUUGGUGCAGUGUAUCAUGAUAAAGGUGAACUCAACCAGGCCAAAAACUAUCUUCAACGAGCACUGGCGAUAAAAGAAAAGCAAUUAAGUCCAGACCAUGUUGAUGUUGCACGUUCUUAUAAUAACCUUGGCGAAGUGUAUCGUGCUAAAGGUGAACUCGACCAGGCUAAAGACUAUCAUGAACGAGCACUGGCAAUAAGAGAAAAGCAAUUAAGUCCAGACCAUGUUGAUGUUGGAAACUCUUAUAACAACCUUGGUGCAGUGUAUCUUAAUAAAGGUGAACUAGACCAGGCUAAAGACUAUCAUAACCGAGCAGUGGCAAUAAGAGAAAAGCAAUUAAGUUCAGACCAUGUUGAUGUUGCACAUUCAUAUAAUAACCUUGGCGAAGUGUAUCGUGCUAAAGGUGAACUCGACCAGGCUAAAGACUAUCAUGAACGAGCACUGGCAAUAAGAGAAAAGCAAUUAAGUCCAGACCAUGUUGAUGUUGGAAACUCUUAUAACAACCUUGGUGCAGUGUAUCUUAAUAAAGGUGAACUAGACCAGGCUAAAGACUAUCAUAACCGAGCAGUGGCAAUAAGAGAAAAGCAAUUAAGUUCAGACCAUGUUGAUGUUGCACAUUCAUAUAAUAACCUUGGCGAAGUGUAUCGUGCUAAAGGUGAACUCGACCAGGCUAAAGACUAUCAUGAACGAGCACUGGCAAUAAGAGAAAAACAAUUAAGUCCAGACCAUGUUGAUGUUGGAAACUCUUAUAACAACCUUGGUGCAGUGCAUCAUGAUAAAGGUGAACUCGACCAGGCUAAAGAUUAUCAUGAACGAGCACUGGCAAUAAGACAAAAGAAAUUAAGUCCAGACCUUGUUGAUGUUGCACGUUCUUAUAACAACCUUGGUGCGGUGUAUCAUGUUAAAGGUGAACUCGACCAGGCUAAAGACUAUCAUGAACGAGCACUGGCAAUAAGAGAAAAGCAAUUAAGUCCGGACCAUGUUGAUGUUGCAAAUUCUUAUAACAACCUUGGUGUACUGUAUCAUGAUAAAGGGGAACUCAACCAGGUCAAAGACUAUCUUCAACGGGCACUGGCAAUAAGAGAAAAGCAAUUAAGUCCAUACCAUGUUGAUGUUGCACGUUCUUAUAAUAACCUUGGCGAAGUGUAUCGUGCAAUAGGUGAACACGACCAGGCUAAAGACUAUCAUGAACGAGCACGGGUAAUACGAGAAAAACAAUUAAUUCCAGACCAUGUUGAUGCUGGAAACUGUUAAACCAACCUUGGUGCAUUGUAACUUAAUAAAGGUGAACUCGACCAGGCUAAAGACUAUCAUGAACGAGCACUGGCAAUAAGAGAAAAGCAAUUAAGUUCAGACCAUGUUGAUGUUGCACAUUCGUAUAAUAAACUUGGCGAAGUGUAUCAUGCUAAAGGUGAACUCGACCAGGCUAAAGACUAUCAUGAACGAGCACUGGCAAUAAGAGAAAAGCAAUUAAGUCCAGACCAUGUUGGUGUUGGAAACACUUAUAACAACUUUGGUGCAGUGCAUCAUGAUAAAGGUGAACUCGACCACGCUAAAGACUGUCUUGAACGAGCACUGGCAAUAAGAGAAAAGCAAUUAAGUCCAGACCAUGUUGAUGUUGCACAUUCUUAUAAUAACCUUGGUGCAGUGUAUCAUGCUAAAGGCGAACUCGACCAGGCUAAAGACUAUCAUGAACGAGCACUUGCAGUAAGAGAAAAACAGUUACCUUCAGACCAUGUUGAUGUUGCACGUUCAUAUAAUAACCUUGAUGCAGUCUAUCAUGCUAAAGAUGAACGCGACCAGGCUAAAGACAAUCAUGAACGAGCACUGGCAAUAACAGAAAAGCAAUUAAGUCCAGACCAUUUUGAUGUCGGAAACUCUUAUAACAACCUUGGUGCAGUGUAUCAUGAUAAAGGUCAACUCGACCAGGCUAAAGAUUAUCUUGAACGAGCACUGGCAAUAAGAGAAAAGCAAUUAAGUCCAGACCAUGGUGAUGUUCGAAAUUCUUAUAACAACCUUGGUGUACUGUAUCGUGAUAAAGGUGAACUCAACCAGGCCAAAGACUGUCUUCAGAGCGGGCACUGGCAAUAAGAGAAAAGCAAUUAAGUCCAGACCAUGUUGAUGUUGGAAACUCUUAUAACAACUUUGGUGCAGUGCAUCAUGAUAAAGGUGAACUCGACCACGCUAAAGACUAUCUUGAACGAGCACUGGCAAUAAGAGAAAAGCAAUUAAGUCCAGACCAUGUUGAUGUUGCACAUUCUUAUAAUAACCUUGGUGCAGUGUAUCAUGCUAAAGGCGAACUCGACCAGGCUAAAGACUAUCAUGAACGAGCAGUUGCAGUAAGAGAAAAACAGUUACCUUCAGACCAUGUUGAUGUUGCACGUUCAUAUAAUAACCUUGGUGCAGUCUAUCAUGCUAAAGAUGAACUCGACCAGGCUAAAGACAAUCAUGAACGAGCACUGGCAAUAAGAGAAAAGCAAUUAAGUCCAGACCAUGUUGAUGUUGCACAUUCGUAUAAUAACUUUGGUCCAGUGUAUCAUGCUAAAGGUGAACUCCAUUAG